AAACGCCCUUUUCCCUUUAAUCUGAUGCUACUCAGGAAAGCGUUCCCUCAGCGGCUCGGUUUCCAGGCAGCGCAAAGGCAACGACUGUUGUGAUGCAGAGAAGCGGCCGGUGGCGGAUGCGCGUGCAGGCGCCGGACGAUAGAACACGGGACGAGUGACGCUCCUGGGGAAUUCUUCAGACGCGGGAUUUGGCGCAGAAUGCGCGCUAAUGUCUGCGGCACCUUCAGUGCGUUAAAAGGCGCACUGCGGCAGCCGUCGUGACGUUGCGCGAGUUAAAUGCGCGCAUGUAAAUGGCCGCUCGCGCUGGCACCGAGUUCACCUGGACGACCCGUCUGUAGGGAUUCAUGUUACAGUCGGAUUAAGCUACUGACCGUCAGCCUGACGCAGUCUACAAUCAGACCGAUUCUACUUUAGUUCGCCUCCGAUCUGCAGUAUUUACAUAAAAGUGCACCCGUUCAUUUAACCCUGUUUACUCCGCAUGCACCUAUGUGCAAUGCGCCGAACAAUGCAUGAGAAAUGGCUGCGACGCUGGCUGUGGACACAACCUGACAAAAUGGAGGAUUCUACCUUGAAAUGAGGCUCUAGUGGCUCUGAGGAAAGGAGGACGGGUUGUGAUGUGUCAGCGACACAGUGGAGCAGCGAUGACAUGAGAGCAGGCUGGAUACCGUGUCCUGAUCUCAGCCACCAUGGGAAAAGAGAAACUGCACAUUAAUAUUGUGGUGAUUGGCCACGUGGACUCAGGCAAGUCCACCACCACCGGCCACCUCAUCUACAAGUGUGGGGGCAUCGACAAAAGAACCAUUGAGAAGUUUGAAAAGGAAGCUGCCGAGAUGGGAAAAGGAUCGUUCAAGUAUGCGUGGGUGCUGGACAAGCUGAAGGCAGAGAGGGAGCGCGGCAUUACCAUCGACAUCUCACUGUGGAAGUUUGAAACCAGCAAGUACUACGUGACCAUCAUCGAUGCUCCGGGUCACAGGGACUUCAUCAAGAACAUGAUCACUGGGACCUCACAGGCAGAUUGCGCUGUGCUGAUCGUGGCAGCUGGCGUGGGAGAGUUCGAGGCAGGUAUUUCUAAGAAUGGCCAGACCCGUGAGCACGCCCUGCUGGCCUACACUCUGGGGGUGAAGCAGCUCAUUGUGGGCGUCAACAAGAUGGACUCCACGGAGCCCAACUAUAGCCAGAAACGCUACGAGGAAAUCGUGAAAGAAGUGAGCACCUACAUUAAGAAGAUCGGCUACAACCCAGACACCGUCGCCUUCGUUCCCAUUUCAGGCUGGAAUGGAGACAACAUGCUUGAGCCCAGUCCCAAUAUGACAUGGUUUAAGGGGUGGAAGAUCAAUAGGAAAGAAGGCAAUGCAUCAGGGACGACUUUACUAGAGGCUCUGGAUGCUAUCCAGCCCCCCACCCGUCCAACAGACAAACCACUGCGUCUGCCCCUGCAGGACGUCUAUAAGAUAGGAGGCAUUGGAACCGUGCCCGUGGGCCGCGUGGAGACGGGCAUACUGAAGCCUGGCAUGGUGGUGACCUUUGCCCCCGUCAACGUAACCACCGAGGUGAAGUCUGUGGAGAUGCACCACGAGGCGCUGACUGAGGCCCUCCCCGGCGACAAUGUGGGCUUCAAUGUCAAGAACGUGUCCGUCAAAGACAUUCGCCGGGGCAAUGUGGCCGGCGACAGCAAGAACGACCCGCCACAGGAAGCUGCCAACUUCACCGCUCAGGUGAUCAUUCUUAACCACCCAGGACAGAUCAGUGCUGGGUAUGCCCCUGUGCUCGACUGUCACACUGCUCACAUCGCCUGCAAGUUUGCUGAGCUCAAGGAAAAGAUUGAUCGUCGCUCUGGCAAAAAGCUGGAGGAUAAUCCAAAAGCCCUGAAGUCUGGAGAUGCUGCUAUUGUCGAUAUGAUUCCUGGCAAGCCGAUGUGUGUAGAGAGCUUCUCUGAGUACCCCCCGCUGGGUCGCUUUGCUGUGCGUGACAUGCGUCAGACUGUGGCUGUUGGUGUGAUUAAAGGCGUGGAGAAGAAGGUCUCCACCACUGGGAAGAUUACCAAGUCAGCCCAGAAGGCCCAGAGGAACAAAUGAAUGUUGUGCUACACUGCCGACCCCAAGGUCUCCCAGGGCAGGACAUCCAUCACCCAACUCCAUCCUACAAUUGGCUGCUUCAACCUAAUAAUCAAAGACUGGUUAAUCAUCACGAUGCAUCGCAAGAGCAUUCGAAGGAAAGAACAACAUUUAGAUCUUGGUCCUUGAGGCAGCACUCAGGACUCAUUUCAUGGGUUAGAUUAUCAUUCUGUACAAUGUAAUAUCAAACCGUUUUAAAUGUGCACUGCUGACUAGGUUUGUGGCAAUACCUUGGUGUGAUGCUGAGAACACAGAACAACUAUAUGUAACUUCAUUUCUGGAGUGCAGCUGCUGGUCUUGUUACACUGUUCUUGUCUUGCUUUUAGUGUUUGUUUGCAACUACACGAUGCUCUGUUUGACUCUAUGGUAAAAGGGUCAAAGUACGGUCUUUUAAGUAAUAGAUUCGUAGAGCGUAGUGAUUUACUGUGUCUAAGCUUUAAACAGCACUUAAAACAAAUGGUCCAAAUUGUCCUUUGAGGGACUCGGGGUAGACCACAUGUUUCUUAAAGCACUUUGAUUGACAUUCUGCUAACUUUGCACUUGCACUGGGGAAGUUUAAAUUAACAUAAAGCUACAGCACCUUAAUGUAACAUGGCAUGAGCCUUUUGCAGCAUUAAACAUGUUUCAACCAAAA